AGGUGCGCAGACGAGGCUCGAAGGACCUUCUGAAAGUGUGCGUGCUGCUGGACCGAGGUCAGAAAGAGGGCAAGGAAGAGGAGGGAACGCCGCCGUCGCCCAACAUCUACGACACGCCCUACGAGGACGGACUGGAGGGCGACAGCGAGGGGGUGUGGAUCCCCGUCACCCGACCGGAGUCUGACGUCCGGCCGGCUGGGGAGUACGAACUGCCCUGGGAGUGGAGGAAGGAGGACAUCGUCAGAGCUUUGUCAGCUCAGUUUGAGGCGGUGGAUUGUUCUGCCAGCAAAGAGAACAUUUCAACAACGUCUCGUCAGCAGCAACAAACCCUGAGGCAGAGGAACUGGAGCCACAAAACCUUAGUCUCAACUUCUCCAUCAACCUCCACUUCCUCCUCCUUUCCAUCCUCUCCUAUUCUUAAACUGUCACCCCUCACCUCUGCCUCGUACCCCACGCUCAAACCUCCACCCCUCUCGCCCUCCUCCAGCCCCACCAAGCUCUCCCCUCCCUCUCCUACCUCCCCCGUCGCUCCACUGGAGGGGGAGACAGUGAAAAUGGACUCCGGCCUGCCUCUGGAGAAGCAAAGCUGGUACCACGGCAGUGUGAGUCGGCAGCAGGCUGAGGCUCAGCUGCAGCGCUGCAGGGAGGCCAGCUUCCUGGUGAGAGACAGCGAAUCAGGAACCAGCAAAUACUCCAUCGCUCUGAAGUGAGUGUGUGAGUGUGUGUGUGUGUGUGUGUGUGUGUGUACGCGCCCUGAAAUGACGCAUUGAUUCACAGUGUUCUAUAUUUUCUCAUCUGGCUCACUAUUACAGUGAGAGUCAAUCAACGCCAUAUUUCUCUCCCUCUCUGCCUCUCUCUUUCACGUUCCCCCUCUUUCUUUCCU